UUUUCCGUUAUUCCUACCCCCUUUUUGCACAGAAUGGUCAGACCUUUCCUUAAUUUUACUCAAUUUUUCUGUGGCAUGUACACUAUGAGACAGUCUUUUGUCUGACCAUGUUUUACAUACGGCAGUCCGCAAAAACUCUGCAAAAAGGGGGUAGGAUAACGGAAAAAUACUCAGACAUUCCUUAUUAACAGACCAUUACCCUAACAAUACAAUCAUUUUUCUCAUUUUCCAUAUUUUUUGUUUGUUUCAUUUUUAAAAUUCUUUUAGCAAUUUAUUUGAAAAUUAUCAUGCUUCAAAUUGUUAAAACAUUUUACGGAAACCCCAUGCUUAUUUAUGAGGGUUACAUCUUUUGGAAAGGUUACACAACAAAAAAAGGCAUAACUGUUUGGAUUUGUAAUAAAUACAAAGGAGCAGCGCAUUAUACUUCUUGCAAAUUCACUCUUCGAACUAGCGGUGAUAUUGACAAUUUAAUUAUUGAACAGGCAUUUUUUAAUCGAUUUUUGUGAGUAAUUUUAAAUUAGACUUGUGGUAAUCAUCGACACACUCCGCCAUUUACUGGAAAUUAUUAUGAAAAGUCUUUUGAGAAGCACCCAACUGCAACAAAGUCAAUAACGGAGACUCCUGUACUUCGAAGGAAGAGAGGCCGUCCAUCUACAAGAUCUAGAACAAGGGAACCAAAAAUGCCUGUAACACCAAUGAAGAGAUCGGCAACUUCUCAAUCGACAACUGGAAUAAAUAAAAAGAAUGUUAACACACCUAAACGGUCUAGAGGGAAGUCUGAAUUAAGAAGCGUCGAAUUGAUGGACUGCCCUGCAAAAAAUCUUCGAUUUUCUAAGAAAAGGGAUGAGGGAAAGGCUCUUCAACAGUCCUUACAACCUCCUGUUCUUCGAAAUGAGACAGCAGCUCCCGAACCGGCACUUCAAUUUUCUCAGUUGUAUCAGCUUCAACGAGAAAAGAUUCUUGGUUCUGGUCAAUUUGGAACUGUUUUUAGUGCUGUACAUAGACAUUCGAGACGGGAAGUUGCUGUGAAGAAAUCAGAGUAUUUACAUUACCUCCUAAUUUUCAAACCGACCCCAGAAAAAUAUUUUCUUGCUAUCUGCCCAGAAAUUCCAAAAUCCACUUUAUUAAAAUUUUUGAAUGUUUUUUCUAAAAUUAAAAUCCUCAUAAAAUAUUCGCAGAUGAUAGCCAAAGACCGUUUCUCAAAAAAAUCCUCAGCUGUGGAAACACUCAAAAGUGAAGUUGCUAUUUUACAAGCUGUUGAUUUUCAAGGAAUUAUUAAAUUGGAAAGUAUGUUUGAGACAAAAGAUAAAAUAUUUGUUGUUAUGGAGAAAAUGAAUGGAGAUAUGUUGGAAUUAAUUUUAAGUCAGGCGUCUGGUCGUCUUAAUGAACGUUCAGCUAAAUUUUUGAUUAUGCAGAUUUUGAGAGCCCUUCGUUAUCUUCACUCUAGAGGAAUUGCACAUUGCGAUUUGAAGCCGGAAAAUGUUCUGCUUUCUGACUUCAAAUCAAAUUUUCCACAAACAAAACUUUGCGAUUUUGGCUAUGCUCGUUUUAUUGGAGAAACUCAAUUUAGAAAGACAAUUGUUGGAACACCUGCAUAUUUGGCACCUGAAGUACUUAAAAAGAAAGGUUACAAUAAAUCGUUGGAUAUGUGGUCUGUCGGUGUUAUUGUUUAUGUAACCCUUUCUGGUACUUUUCCUUUCAAUGAAAAUGAGGAAAUUACUGACCAGAUACAGAAUGCAGAAUUUAUGUUUCCUUCAAAUCCUUGGAGAGAAAUUGGCCGCGAGGCAAUUGAUUUAAUUCAGCAAUUACUUAAAGUUCAGAUUGAAGAACGCCUUAAUAUUGACGAAUGCAUUGCUCAUCAAUGGCUUCGUGACCCACAAACCUAUUAUGAUUUGUUUUGCCUUGAGAAACGUUUGGGCCUUGAAAAGCGUUAUUUAACUUCUGAUUCUGAAGAUCUCAUUUGGGCGCCCCAACUUCACGCAAUGGGUCUUUUAAAAAAUGGUCAAAUUCAGUCUAUUGAAGAAACACCUACAGAACAUCCUCUUCCAUUACUUGAAAAUACAAAAACUGUUGAUAUGUCAGAAGUUUGA